CAACUAGGAAGUUAUUUUGUUCUUUGCAAAAAUGAAAAAAUGGAAUUAUGCUAUAGAAUGUUGGCUUCCUUCCCUGCUUUUGUAUUAUGGAUAUUCUGCAUACGAUAUCAACAGUGAAGUUUGCCUGGAGACGCCCUUUCAUUUUGUAUUUAGAGGAAGACCGUGCUGGUUUACAUUAGCAGAGGCAAAAUUAUGGUUUGAAGCAGAAACCGGCGAUUGUCCUAAAAAAUGUCAAGUAAAAAUCAGCAACAUAGAAAAUGAGGCAUGGAGUCAUUAUCACCAAUCUUAUUACACACUCCACUAUCAGCUGAAUUCAUUUACACUUAGAUUCAAUGGUUUAAGUGAGAAUUUGACGAUAAUCAACACAAGCUGUACUUCUUCGUAUACAACUAGAAGAAAUUUGAAAAUUAUUUGCAGAUCAGAUUUUGACAAAGCAGUAGACGACUCAAACGACUUAUGUACAUCAAUUAAAAAGUGCGAAGAUGAAACCAAGACAUGUUCCUUGAAAGGACAGAUCGGUGUCUGUGUGUGCAAUCCUGGAUAUAUCGGAUUAGGGAACGAAUGUUUGCAGGGGAAUUUGACAUUGAAUAGAACAUGCAAACUAAAUGAGCAGUGUCCCAUGGUAUUUGGUUCUAUUUGUCAGAAGAACACAUGUGUCUGUGGGCCUGGAUAUAAACCGUAUAAUGAUUCGGAAUGUUUGUUGCACUCUGAAAAUGGAGAAUUCGAAGGUCGUGCCAUGGGACUUAAAGAAUAUAGAGUGGUCGGUUUGAUGGUUGGAGCUGUUAUUGGAGGCCUUAUGUUAGGCAUUGUCCUUAGUGUUCUUGGAAUAAUCAUCUACAAUAUAAGAAACGAGAAACAUAAGACUGGAAAAAAGCAAUACCCGAAGGCUGCAGUUUUUAAAAAUACUACUUAUGAAGCUGAAAGAGAUGCAGAUCAGAAUAUUUCUACCGUGCAAUGUGAGAGAAAGUUUGAAAAUAUGCCAAAGUGUGCUAAUUCCAAUGAUUUCUCAGUAACACAAAACACGCGCACCUUUCAUGGAAAUAAAAGUUCGAUGAUGAAAAGUUAUGACGUAAAUGAUGACGUAUACAAUCAUCUGCAUGACAAGGAAGAGGAUUCCGACAUUGAUGAAACUUACGACCACACCCAUGGAAACAUAAGCAGUGCAAUGGAGGAGACUGACUACAGUAAUCUCAACACAGGGAUAAGAUAUAAGGAACCCGAUGUCUCUGCUGCUGAAGAUAUUGAUUAUGAUGAUCGAGAGACACCUGCUGAUUACUGUUCACUAAAAAAGAAGUAAAGAUGUAUAUUCUUGUGCAAACCAUAGUCCGAGGCAUCCCUUUUUUCUAAAACUGUUGGAUUUCUUUCAUUGAUUCAUAUUAGAUCCUUUACUCAAGCAUAAUACUGUGGUUUCAUUAAUAUUCGUUGAACACCAAUUUUCAAGGAUUUAAUUAUUGAGCAGAUCCACGAAUUUAAAUGUUCAUUGAAUUAAGAAAUUUGCUAUUUAUUUGAAUAAGCAAAUCUUUUGUCCUCGAAAGUACGUAUCCUCGAAAACGUCCUUUUUAUAAAAUCCACGAAAAUUGAUGAAACCACAGUACAAAUAUUGAAAGAGAGCAUCAUUGUUUUAAUAUUUCCGGAUUAGCUGGGGAAACCAUUUUGAAUGGAAUUUUUUUUUCUUACGUUUGGGCGUUUUUAAGACAUAGAUUAUUCAUUUGAAGAGUUUAUUUAUGGUAUAAUCUUUCGAGUCAGAGAUCUUCAUUUCUUACCAUUUUAUAAUGCUGAACAGAUUUGUUUGCCCUGACACAAGUUAUUUAUAUUUAUAACUACAUGUAAUUGUUGCCUUUUCAAUCAAUCUUUCAGGAUCACCUUUGCAGGGUGUUAAUAAUAAUGAUAAUUAAUAAUAAUAAUAA